AGAAGAAACUCUUUGCAGAGGGAAAGGAAAAACCUCUCGAGUCAUAUUCCACUGAGAGAGGCCGUUCAGUUCCCUCCCAUCGAAAUCCAACUCUUUUCUGCUCUUAAAUUGAUCGAAACCAUCGCAAUUCGUCACCCAGAUUGCCGGAGUUUAUCCCUCCAAUGGAUUUCUCCGAGCAAGAUGUAGAUAUAUUCGGUGAAGAGUUGGAAAACGAAGGCAACAACGACAACGACAACGAUAACCAUGACCGUGAUGCUGCUCGGUCCUCCUCUCAAUCUUCGUCCUCUUCGUCUUCUUCGUCUUCUUCGGAUUCUUCAUCGUCCAAUGCUAGCGAUGGAGGCGACAGUAGUAGUGGAGGUAGUGGGAGUGCGAGUAGUGCUGAAGAAGAAGACGAGGAAAAAGGCGAAGAAGUUCAGCAGAAUCAAGAUAGGGGGCAUCUGGGGUAUGAGGAUAGAGAUCUGUUUGGUUCUGAUAAUGAGGAAUAUUGUAAAACACUUGCUGCUAGUCCUUAUCCUGUGCCAGUCUUACCUGCGGCAAGGAGUAAUAACAACCAUGCUAGAGGAACAUUUGGGCGAGGUCGUUGGGGGAAUGAUAGAGGGUCAGGCCUCCUUCCACGGCCUGGACCAUUUCCCCAAAGGCAUGGUUUUGGUGGCUAUGGAUCGAAGUUUUCAAAUGGGCGUCAUGAUGAACGCUUCGUCUCAGACAUGAAGCUUACUAAAAGUGAAGAAACACUGGCAAGGAAGUGUAUUGCUUUUCAGGAGCCUUGUGAACUUGCUUGCUAUAGUCGUGUUGAAGGUGGAGAUGUGUACUUUGAUGAUCGCAGCUUGAGACUGUUUAAGCGCUUCAUUACUGAAGACAUUGGAGCUGAUUUGAACGAAGGUUUUGACACUUUUAUUGAGAAGAAAGACCUAGGUUCUCAGGGUUUUGGUGACCUCCUUGCUUGCAUUAGGGACAAAAACAUUCCUCUUCAAAACAUUCAUUUUGUGACUUUCCGUAACAAUCUUAACAAGAUAUUGGCUACUGCUUAUAUUCGUCAUGAGCCUUGGGAAAUGGGUGUGCAUAAAAGAAAUGGUGUUGUGUACCUUGAUGUGCAUAAAUUACCAGAAAGACCACAAAGUGAAUUGGAGCGUCGAAGGUGCUAUUGGGGUUACUGUUUUGAGAGCCUUGCGACGGAGGACCCAAGAAGAGGUGAUGGAGAAGGGAUCCAUCAUGUAGAUGCAAAUGCUGAAUAUUGUGCUGUGAUCAAAACCAAAUUAGGUGCCCAUCGCAUCCUGAUGGGUGCUGAAAUGGAUUGCUGUGAUUCAACUGAUGAGGGAAGGAGGUUUUAUGUUGAACUAAAAACAAGUCGUGAGUUGGAUCAGCGUACCGAAGAAAAAUAUGAGAGAGAGAAAUUGCUUAAAUUCUGGAUACAAUCAUUCUUAGCUGGGGUACCAUAUAUCAUUAUCGGGUUCAGGAAUGAUGAUGGCCAACUAGUCCGCACAGAAAGAUUGAGAACUAAAGACAUAACACAGAGAGUGAAAAUGAAGAACUAUUGGCAGGGAGGAGUCUGUCUGGCCUUUGCUGAUGAAGUGUUAUGCUGGCUUUAUGGAACAGUCAAAGAAAAUGAAGAUUACAUAUUGCAGUUUGCAAAUCCUUUCACUCGUUUAGAGCUUCUUCAAGCCUCCUCGUGCCCAGACGCUAUCACUCAUCACAUGGAUCUAUUGUAGUCUUGUGAAGAACUCCCUCAUUAUUUCCUGUAAAUCUGAAAGUGCAGAUUCAAGGUUAAGUUAGCAAUCAUCUUUCUUUUCAAACUACAGUCGACCCUCAUUGUGGUUUAUUACACUUCUAUGCUUCUUCGCCAAUUAAAGUAAAGUUGAGACAUGCCUGCCUAA